GGCCGGAAGGAGCCGGGCAGCGGCGGCUAAAUGAAGCGGGGGGUCGGACGGGAGCGGGCGGCGCGGCGCGGCCCGUUCCUCUUGCUACCCUGAUUGCCAUGCCUGGACAUUGAUGCUUCUGGGUGCAGCAGUUUAAAAUGGCUGAGAGAGGUGGGAAUGAAGAAGUAAUUCACUUGAACAGUUUCCGUAGCCACAGAGGGAAAGACUGGAUAAACCAUAGAGACGAAGGUCUUAUUACGAUAUCAGAUUCCUCAGAUGAAGAAUUACCUUUGUUGCUGGAAACAUCAGCCCAGCAGCGGCGUGAAGAUGAUGAUGAUGUAGUCAUCUUGGCGGAGACCCCAAAGCAUCAGCAGCUGCUGCGUCCUAAUGUCAUCAGACCUGCUGCUCAGUGGCAGGGUGUGAACACUGUAGGAGAAGGAGGAUCUAAAGGUGCUGUAGGGCCCUUGAGGAGCAUAUAUCUGCAAGAUGAGAUCUCAACUCUACUGUGCCAGAGAGACCAGUAUAAUCAUAUAGUGGAGAGCAGUGCUGGACCGAGCAGGGAUGAGAAUAUGAACCUUGCCUUGCAGCAGCCUGGACCCUCUGAGCCUAAUGGCUCCAGAUUUGAAAUUAAGAGCAACCAGGAGCCUGGACCAAAUUUGUUUCCAGCAAUAAAGACAAGCCCACAGCUUGUUAACAAGAGUGUCAUUAAUCUGGAGAAAGCAGACCUUCCACCACGAGCAGAGGAAAAGGUGGAAGAAGACCUUGAGCCAGAGGUCUUACAGAAUUUCAGAGGAACAGCUGCUGCAACCUCUGCGGGUGGACAGGUGAUCCAAGGAAAUAGCCAAUUGGAUCACCCGUAUGUCCAGCUUUCGGAAAGCGAGCCACGUGCUGUGUUAAAUGGCUGUGCUCCUCAGCAAGGCCAGCCUGAAGCAGACCCAGGAUCUCUGAGGGCUUAUGGAGAGGAGGCUCCUGGGCCAGCCUUCCCCAGACCUGAACCACAGCAAGAUGGGAUUCCGGGUCCUGCUUCACCUCAGCCAGCUCAUCCACCAGAAGAAACAAGAAGUCAGCAGGCAGCAAUGGACAAUGAACAGCCAGGUCCAGCGUUCCCUGGACAGGGCUUGCAUGAACUUGGCUCUGGUAAUGUGCCAGAACAAGGAGCUGCUGGACAGGACCAAGACCUCACUGCACUGCUCAUCAGAGAGACUGAAGCAAGAUUCCCUGAUGUGAAGAAGGAGUAUAUUGAAGAGCUAAUCAGCCUCAAGAACUGCUAUGACUUAAAUGUACUUUGUAACUUUCUCCUGGAAAAUCCAGAUUACCCAAAGAAAGAAGGCAGAGUGGUGUUAAAUCCCAGCAGCAGCCUGCUUGCCAGCCAAGAUGAGACAAAGGUGCCUAAAGUGGACUACUUUGACUUUUCUAAACUUGCCCCACUUGAUCAGCGGUGCUUUAUUCAAGCAGCUGACCUCCUUAUGGCAGACUUCAAAAUGCUGAGCAGCCAGGACAUUAAGUGGGCACUACACGAACUCAAAGGACACUAUGCAAUCACGCGAAAGGCCUUUUCUGAUGCCAUCAAGAAAUGGCAGGAGCUGUCACCAGAAACCAGUGGGAAAAGAAAAAGGAGGAAAGAAAUGAAUCAAUUUUCAUAUAUAGAUUUCAAAUUUGAGCAAGGUGAUGUGAAAAUUGAGAAGCGGAUGUUCUUCCUGGAGAACAAGAGACGGCACUGGAGAUCCUAUGACCGCCUCUCACUUCUCCCACCAGUGCUACUGGAACAGGAAUUCUAUGAGCAGAAAGUUAAAGAGAUGGCAGAGCAUGCGGACUUUCUUCUUGCUCUGCAGAUGAACGAGGAACAGUAUCAGAAGGAUGGUCAGAUGAUAGAGUGCCGCUGCUGUUAUGGGGAGUUUGCAUUUGAAGAGCUAACGCAGUGUGCAGAUGGUCACUUGUUCUGCAAGGAGUGCCUAAUUAAAUAUGCUCAGGAGGCAGUCUUUGGCUCUGGGAAGUCAGAGCUCAGCUGCAUGGAAGGGAGUUGCACGUGUUCGUUCCCCACCAGCGAGCUGGAGAAGGUGCUUCCAGAGAACAUCCUUCGUAAAUACUACGAGCGGAAAGCGGAGGAGGAGGUGGCUGCUGCCUGUGCAGAUGAGCUUGUCAGGUGUCCAUUCUGUAAUUUUCCAGCUCUACUGGACAAUGAUGUGAAGCGGUUCAGCUGUCCAAAUCCUCGCUGCAGAAAGGAAACAUGUCGAAAGUGUCAGGGGCUGUGGAAGGAGCACAUGAACCUCACCUGUGAGCAACUGGCUGAGAAGGAUGACAUCAAAUAUAGGACAUCUAUAGAAGAAAAAAUGACAGCUGCCCGAAUUAGGAAAUGCCACAAGUGUGGGACUGGCCUAAUUAAAUCAGAGGGUUGCAACCGCAUGUCCUGUCGCUGUGGUGCUCAGAUGUGCUACCUCUGCCGAGCUGCCAUUAAUGGGUAUGACCAUUUCUGCCAACACCCUCGGUCACCCGGGGCACCCUGCCAGGACUGUGCAAAGUGCUCUCUCUGGACGGAUCCCACAGAAGAUGAUGAGAAGAUAAUCCAAGAGAUUCAGAAAGAGGCUGAAGAGGAGCAAAGGAAGAAAAAUGGAGAGAACAGUUUCAAGCGGAUCGGCCCACCUGUGGAAAAGCCCAUGGAGAAGAUCCAGAGAGUUGAAGUCAUCCCCAGACCUGUUCCUCAGAACCUCCAUCAGCCCCGAAUGCCUCCUUACCCCUUUGUGCACCCUCCCUUCCCGCUGCCUCCUGUCCGUCCCAUGUACAAUAACAUCCCCCUCAACAUAGGCCCUAUCCCUGCCCCCUACGUGCCCCCCUUGCCUAACAUGAGGGUGAACUAUGAUUUUCCCCAGAUCAACGUUCAGCUGGAGCACAACUUGCCUAUGCACUUUGGCCCUCAGCCUCGACACCGGUUCUGACCUGGUUCAAAUGGCACUCGGAGUAGAGUCACUGCAGGGCAAAGCCACCCCCGUAAUCCCAGCCCUCUUCCUGCUUCGGCCACUCUCGUUUUAGCCAGCUGCAAGGGGAACUGCUCUGUCUCACACGUACCUGCACAGCACCCAUAUCUGUAGCUUCUCUUUGCAAUCAGACGUUUUGACCUGUGCUGGAACAGGGCUUGGUGCUGCAUUUCCAAGAGUCUCUUCCUGUGCUAGGCAUCCAGAUGCUUUGGUUUGGCAAAACCCGAGGGAAGGUGGCAUUUGUGGAACACAGGGAUGCAGCUGUUCCUUGGGGGCAGCACAGCUUUCCAAAAAUCCUGCCUUUCUUUCGGCUAGAGCAGCUGCCACAUGGUCAAGGCUGAGCCCUGGGGAAAGGGAAGGGAGGCUUGGCGUCUGAGUAAGACCUUCAGUAACAAAAUACCUGGACUCGGCUGCCCCAGCCUUCUGCCUGGAAAGCAGCGUGAUGCUGGGGUUCAGAGAUAAUGAUAUUUCCAUGUUUUCCAGUAGUCUUGUCACCUGCUAUCAUUCCCCAGCAGAAAAGUGUUGAAAACAACUAAAACUAGCAUAUUGGACAUUUAUCACCCUGCAAGGGGGAGUCGUGGGGUGCAGAAGGCAUCUUGUUGCCAGGUACUGCUCAGAUCGUGGUAGGAGGCCCAGAGCCGUGUUCUGUCUCAGGGCUUUAAGAAGUAACAAGACUUGGGCACCUUAAUUUUGGAAAACUGAAAUUACCCCCUUCAAAGGCUUCAAUUUUUUCCCCAAAGGUGGGUGCCUCGCAGCUUCCAAAAUGUGGCCUUGGGUUUGUUCUGAUCUGGGCAUCCCGAAUCCCCGUCUGCUUCUGGCAGCAGUUGCCGCACGGUCGGUAGAAGCCCCCGGAGCAUCGGUUGCAUACUUCCUUACAGAACUGCUUGGGCAGAUACCCAGUUAGGUGUGUAAACAGUUGAGUGCUGUGUGCGCUGUUGCAUAAAUUAGUAACUACCUGUGUAGUUAUGCACGCGGGCAGCUGUAAGCCUAGAGCCUCCUGUUCGUUAGGAUCGCUGCGAACGAACAGGCGACCGUUGUCUUGGGCUGUAGGAAGCCGGCUGCUUCCGAUAUGUUUAAUAAUGUCUGAAAACGUGUAUUUUGGUUUAAUUGGCUUCAGAAGAUUGUGUUAAAAGGCAAACGUAAGUACUGCUGGGCUUAGGAAGUGAGGAUUUAGGAAAAGCAAGCCUGCCUUGCGAGAAGUAGAGGGGUGUGAUAGCUGCCUGAGCUGACCGGAGGUGCUGAGCCUGGCAGAAGAGCGUCGAUGCAGAGCCCGUUCUGCCUGGCUGCUGCUGUACGGUGUCGUGCAGCCCCUGCUUUGGAAGGGCGAGCGGCUGGAGGGGGAAAAUCUCCUCCCGGAAAUGUUGGACUGGUUUUCACUGGUCCAAGUGUGCAGCAUUUCCCUGAAUUUUGGUCUGCGCUGUAUCCUGCUCUUCCCUGCUGAGAACUGGCUCAGCUCGCUUCCCGUCUGUGGGUUUUUUUUUUUUUUUUUCCUUCUCUCCUGUAUAUUAAUAUCCAGGUGUCUAUUGGACUGUUUGGAUUUUAGGUUAAAAACUCCCUGCCUCUGCCUCUUGACUUCUGUCAAAUCCUCCCUAGCCUGCGGCGCCCCAUAACCGCUCGGGCGCUGAGCGAGCCGCGGGCUGAGGAGGGGGCCGAGCGGGGCCCUCGGUGGGACGGUCCCCGAGGGAGAGGCGGCCUCGGCCGCGGCAGCGGCGUCGGUGCCGCUGGGAUGGCUUCGCAGAAGGGACUUCCCCGCUUUUUGGAGCGGGCGCAGCAAUUUCUGCCCUCUCUGACGCUUCCCACGGACGGGAGCGCGCCCCGGGAAGCGAUCUGUUCCCGUUCCCCACUACCGGUGUCUCUAGCAUUAAUAACCGAGUGGAUAUUCACUUGCUGCUAUUAUUUUUUUUAAUUUAUUUCUGGAAGUAGUCCAGGAGCCGUAGUGGCUUCUCGAUUGCUGCUCAGCUGGGUUUUAGCCAGGUUUCAAUCCUACCUUAUACCAAGGCACUCCUGGAGGAGGCAGGAGCGGUGGUGUCGCGCCGGAUUUGGCAGAGGGUUGUGCCGACAGACUGGCCCUGCUGGGUGGGCUCUGAUUUUACCCAGAGUUGUGGUCAGAGCAAGCGGGCUCUCGCCGUUCGAGAAGGGCGACCCUGUCCUUAAACACUUGGUCUCGCAGGCCGGCAUGGACUGAGUUUUCCAGGCCUUCUCCGUGGCUGGGUCGCGCGUGUGGGUUGGUGAGCCGCCGAGGUAGGUUGAACAGCCGGGGGUCAGCUCAGCUGCUCCGCUGGGAGCCCCAGCUGUGGCGCAAACCGGCCCAUGGAAGAACCUCUUCCACCCCGUGCACCAGGCACGAGUGCUUUAAACGCAGCUGGAACAGAAGACGUCUCCCGGAAGGAAGUCGGUAACGCCAGGUCUUCCCGAGUCUCGGGCCGGUGUCUGUGGAUAACACGCUGCUGUAAUCCGGGUCUGAGCUGGCAGCGAGGACAACCAGCUCUGUGCUUCCCUGCUUGGCCCCAGCUGGUCGCUUGACUUCAUCUGGUGUCUGGCUUGCACGGUGAAACCGAAGUGGGAGGGUGGUCUCGCGCGGAGGAGCGGGUUCGUUGCGCUGCCCCUUCUCGCAGUUGGCAUGUGGUUAAAAACGCUCUUCGAGCACGAGCUCCUGGAGGCCGUGUUGUGCCGGUGCCGCAGGAGUUCGUCUUGCCUUGUGUGCGCUGGGGAGGAAGAGUCUCCUCCCGCUGGCCCAGGCAGCGCCGAUGAGGACGGCGGAGCUGAGAGCGCUAGUGCAGAUCGUGGUGUAAUCCAGCCUUUUCACGUGUGCGUCUUUGGAUACACAGCUCUCCGGAGCUGAGCCUUGGCGGAGGGGAAGAGCGCGAAGGUGGAAGGAGGAACAGCAAGUAGAGUCGCAAGGGAAGCGCCGUGCCCAGGUCCGCCUUCGCGGCCGGGCUCGGCGCUGCCGCGCUGCUGGGUCGUCCCUGGCCUCUCCCCACGAAGAGCCUUCGCGGAAGGUGGGUUCAGGUUCAGCACGUCCGUUUGAGCGUGUUCUGCUGCUCUGGAGCAAUGGCCAGGGUCUUGGGAAAGUCUUGUGGAGUUGGGAGGAGAGAAACAUUCCCCAUGUAUCCCUGGCAAAAAUGAUGAGCUUAUCUGGCAUCUGAGAGGAGAGAAAUCCAUACUUGGUGCGUUCAUGUCCUUUACGCAGCUCCUGUGAGCACAGAGCGCUGCUUAGCUCCACAUCCAGCCCGUGGGCUGCCUUUGGGCUCCUGCUCUGUCUGUGUCAGUGCUUCUCUUGCCAAGAAAAUACUCAAAAAGAGUCACGUUGUUAAAAGCUUUGACUAAAAUUCGCUCCGCGGCCCAAGGAGAGUGUGGCUGCCCCUGCCUGCUAACGCGAGAGGCUCUGAGCAGUUGUGGGCUCUGAUACCAGUUGGGUUCACACUGAUGUGUACAAGAGCAUUACUCUUCCUGCACAACCAACAGGGAAAAAAAAAAGGUGUUUUGGAUUCUACAUCCAACCCCUGUUCUGCCGUGCAGCCCCUUAAAUCCAUUGCCCUUUAAAGGGAGACGGGGAGGUUGCUGUGCCUGGGUAGAUCUUGUAACAGGUACUUAACGUGGUUAAUUGCAGUGUCCCAUUUUACUUGCCUUAAAGGUGGAGAGAGAAACUUAGUAUUUGCACUUAGCAAAACAUUAUAUUAAAAGAAAAGAAACCCUGUAAAGAUGUGCAUGUUCUGCAACUUUGUAUAACAAUAGCCGAAAAUAAAUAGGUGGUUUAUUAAAAGAAUAUUUUUCUUUACCUUCUGGUAGUAAACUGUUCUAAUAUUCAGUGUGUAAAAAGUUCCUGUAUUAUAUUGUAAUUUGAAUUUUUGUAAAUAAAUUUGUGCACUCUGGCUUUCA